GAGACUCGGGCACUGCCUGGGUGCAGAUCCCAGUAAACGCGGACUUACAAACCUCGAGUUUCGCUGGGCUGCUGAGUGGAAUCAGGGUGGUCGCCGGCUCUCCAGCCCUCUCUAAGAUGCAUAACUUGUCGCUCUUCAUGCCUGGAGGGGACAAUGUGUCUUGCGGAGGCUCAUCUUUGGGCUGUCCCAACGGGUCCAGCCCAGAGCCUCUGCCGCUACCGCAGCCGUUGGCCGUAGCAGUGCCUGUCGUCUACGGGGUGAUCUGCGCCGUGGGACUAGCGGGCAACUCUGCGGUGCUGUACGUACUGCUGCGCACGCCGCGCAUGAAGACUGUCACCAACGUGUUCAUCCUCAACCUGGCUAUCGCCGACGAGCUCUUCACCCUCGUGCUGCCCAUCAACAUCGCGGACUUCCUGCUGAGGCGCUGGCCCUUCGGGGAGGUCAUGUGUAAGCUCAUUGUAGCGGUCGACCAGUACAACACUUUCUCUAGCCUCUACUUCCUUGCUGUCAUGAGCGCAGACCGCUACCUGGUGGUUCUGGCCACAGCCGAGUCGCGCCGGGUGUCCGGGCGCACCUACGGUGCAGCGCGUGCUGUCAGUCUGGCGGUGUGGGCGCUGGUGACGCUGGUCGUGCUGCCCUUUGCGGUAUUCGCCCGGCUGGACGAGGAGCAGGGUCGGCGUCAGUGCGUGCUGGUCUUCCCUCAGCCCGAGGCCUUCUGGUGGCGUGCCAGCCGUCUCUACACACUCGUGUUGGGCUUCGCCAUCCCGGUGUCCACCAUCUGCGCCCUCUAUACCACCCUGCUGUGCCGACUGCGUGCUAUCCAGUUAGACAGCCAUGCCAAGGCCCUGGAUCGUGCCAAGAAGCGCGUGACCCUGUUGGUGGCGGCGAUUCUGGCUGUGUGCCUCCUCUGCUGGACGCCUUACCACCUGAGUACCAUAGUGGCCCUCACCACUGACCUCCCGCAAACGCCGCUGGUCAUCGGCAUCUCUUACUUCAUUACCAGCCUGAGCUAUGCCAACAGCUGCCUCAACCCUUUCCUCUACGCCUUUCUGGACGACAGCUUCCGCAGAAGCCUCAGGCAACUGGUGUCCUGCCGUGCAGCCUGAUGCUCUUUCCACCACAGGCAGCACUGCCCAGCUAGGUUCAGGGGGAAUCCGGGAGUGCGGUUCCCAAGCACAGCCCUGAAAUUCUAAGGCCCCUUCCAGGCAUUCAAUACCACAGGCCCUACCCAGCACUGAUCCGGGAUUUGCCCAGCCUCGAGGUGAGGCUGGUGUGUAGCAUGCCUGAGGACAGCUUGGAUCAGGGCACCUUACUAUUUUCUCCCCACAGCUGAGGGCAGGGCUUGACACCUGAACUUAGGGUGAGUGGUGGGGCGGUGUUGUUGGAACACGAUUCUAACUCUCCCUCUAUUUCACUGUGAGUAGGCUCCUAGGUGUCCCAGGCAUCCCUCC